AUGUCUAGCAACAAGGCCGCGCUGAAGGCUGCCAAAGUCGCCUUGGACGCCGAGAACUACGAUGAUGCUGUCACUCAAGCUCAAAUCGUCCUAGCAUCAGAUUCUGAGAAUUACUUUGCUAAGCUUUUCUUGGGACGCGCAUACCAGAAACAAAAUAAACUUGAUGAUGCGGCAAAAACAUACAACUCAGCCGCACAGAUCAAGCCUGAUGAUGCACAAGCAUGGCUCGGUCUCUGCAAUCUGUACGAGAGUCAAGGUGGUGUCAAACUAGACGAGUACCGCGAAGCAGCUCUCAAAGUCGCCGAGAUUCAAGCAGCGGCGGAUGAUGCUCACAAAUGUCAAACUACUAUCAACAAAUUGGUAGAGUUCACCAAAGAAAAUGGUACCACAGCACAGUAUAAACGAGCACUGGAAGCGCAAUUACCUGGAAGCCCCGUUUAUGAGUUCUUGGAAGGUCGCUUACCAAGCCCAUCGCAUACCUACACACGCCUUAUUGAAAUCACUGAGGAAGAGGAGAAGCAACGCAUCAACAAGGAAAUCGGUGAGCGAAGAACCAGACUAGGAGCUCGAAUCAAUCAGGUAACCACCGAUGUUCGCCGAGAAGUGUUCACAAAGAGCAACAUUGAAGAGCUGUAUCAAAAACUGAUUGACUGGACCAACGACGACGAGAUCCGCCGAGAAUAUGAACAAAAGCUUCUGCAAAGAGCUUACGACACAUUGAUUGUGUUGACUGGAGAGGCAAAGGCUGCAAAGCGCGAGCAAGUACUGAAUACCGUACACGGCAUGGUCAUUAUCAAGGAUCCCUUCCUCCUGGCCUGGUCUCUGCAUCUGGACUGGAAGGAUGUCGCGAGUAUAUCAGAUCUCGAUGUUGGCGUCUUGAGAGAGUAUCUUGUGUUCUUCCCAGAGACCAGCCUCGGAAAAGUGCUCAAGGCUUAUCUCGACUGCGAAAUUUCACCAUUCCCCGCACCGCCAAAAGACCCUGAACAAAAAGAGGAGGACGUCGAGGCACCUCUCAAUCAGGAGGAUAGAAUUCUUUUGAUGAGCGAAGGUCUCGAAGAUGGCAGCAAGUCAGUUCUAGCCCACCGCCUCGUCGCAGAGUACUAUCUCCACCUUGAGGAAUAUGAGAGUGCUGCAGAGGUCGCUAGAAACGGUCUUAAGAUGCUCGAAUCAGAGGUUAGAAAGUCUGGUCUCGUAUUGCAGGACAACAAGGAUGCCUUCAACAGCACACUCGCCACUGCACUGGUGUACCAUCAGUCACCAAAGAAUCAUCCGGAAGCUAGAAACUUGUUCAACGACAUUCUCGCACGGAAGCCCAAGCACACCGCGACUCUGAUCGGGCUAGGCCUCAUUCUGGAAGAGCAAGAGGAGUUUGACGAAGCAGUCAAGUUUUUGUCACAAGCUCUGGAGCAGGAUCCCAGCAAUGUCCGCAUCGAGAUCGAGUCAGCAUGGUGCGAUGCUCUACGCGGCAACUACGGUCCUGCUUUCGAGACCAUGGAGAAAUGCUUACCUGAUCUGAAGUUGGACGACCCCAAAUCACGAGAGCUUAGGGCACAAACACUUUACCGCACUGGUAUCUGUCUAUGGAACCUUGAUACAUCGAAAACUGCUAGAAGAGACCGCAACGGAGCUUACGCCAGAUUCUUGUCUGCAAUCAGGACAAAUGUCAACCUCGCACCUGCAUACACAUCUCUUGGAUACUACUACGCCGAUUAUGCCAAGGACAAGAAGAGAGCACGUCAGUGUUUCCAGAAGGCAUUCGAGUUGUCAGGUUCUGAGGUUGAGGCUGCGGAAAGACUGGCACGAUCCUUCGCCGACCAAGGCGAGUGGGAUAUCGUCGAGAUUGUCGCACAAAGAGUUGUUGACUCAGGCAAGGUCCGUCCACCACCAGGUUCAAAGAAGAAGGGUAUCAGCUGGCCAUUUUCAGCUCUUGGUGUCGUGCAAAUGACAAAGCAAGAGUACACCAAGGCGAUAGUUUCGUUCUUGUCGGCACUCAGAAUCAGCCCGAACGACUACCACUCAUAUGUUGGUCUUGGAGAAAGUUACCACAACUCUGGUCGUUAUAACUCCGCGAGUCGAACAUUCGUCUACGCCGAAGCGCCCCGUGAAGGCGUCUCUAUGAACGUCACAGGUCAGAGUUGGUUCACACGCUACAUGCUUGCCAAUGUCAACAGAGAGCUUGGCGAACAUGACGAGGCAAUUGCUGGCCUACAAGAAGUUCUCAGUGGCAGGGCCGAGGAGUUUGGUGUUCUUAUCGCACUCUUGCAGACUUACAAUGAAAAGGCCUGGAGAUGUGUCGAGACUGGCUUCUUCGGUCAAGCUGCUCACAGUGCAGUGCAAGCAAUUGAGCUUGCACAGAAGAUCACAGAGUUGAGACCUCAAGCUUUCAAUCUCUGGAAGGCAGUCGGGGAUGCUUGCUCAAUCUUCUACUGGAUUCAAGAUAGACUCGACAUAUUCCCUAGUGUUAUGACCAAGCAGAUGCUGACUAAGGAUGUCGACGUCAAGGAGUUCAGUAUCCUGUCAGAGAUUGACGGUGUCGACUCGAAGAUCCUCGAAGCGUCAUCACAGGACAAGUCUGUUGCUUGCUCCGAAUACCUGGCACUUUCCCUGCUGGCAUACAAACGCGCCAUCUUCAGCUGUGCAAACGAUGUACACGCUCAAGCCGUGGCCUGGUACAACCUUGGUUGGGCAGAACAUAAGGCUUUCAGUAAUAGCGAUGCCAAGGCUGGCAAGAAGUUUCUUCGUGCAGCUGUCAGAUGCUUCAAGCGUGCCAUUGAGCUUGAAGCAGGCAACUCCGAAUUUUGGAACUCCCUUGGUGUCAUUACAACUAGGUUGAAUCCUAAGGUCUCACAACACGCUUUCGUCCGAUCACUAUAUCUGAACGAGCGCAGCGCAAAGACAUGGUGCAAUCUUGGUGUUCUAUACCUCAUUAACAACGACUAUGAACUGGCUCAUCAAGCCUUCGGUCGUGCUCAAUCAACAGAUCCCGACUAUGCGCAUGCAUGGCUUGGCGAAGGCUUGAUCGCGCUUAUGAUGGGAGACAAGAAGGAGGCCCUGUCGCAUUUCACUCAUGCAUUCGAGAUCUCAGACUCUGCUUCUCUAAUCUCGAAACGUCAAUACGCUGUAUCUGUCUUUGACAACCUGCUCGCAAACAACUCAGCAUCAAGUGGGAUCACUGCAUUGAUUGAGCCACUUUUUGCAUUGGAGCAGUUGCACAGACAGGUGCCAUCGGACCAAGCAUUCAACCACCUCGCUUCUCUGUUCUCAGAACGUGUAGGCGAUCAUGCGCCUGCUAUCGAGAUGCUUACAAGUCUUUGCACAUUGGCCGAGUCUGAUUACGAAGCUACAGAGUCGCUCACAUCACUCGGACGUUUCGCUCUGGCAAAGGCAGACCUUGCUAGAAAUCAGCUUGCCUCAAAGGAUUUCGAGGCAGCGGCAGAGAACGCAGGUACCGCACUUGACCUUUCCGCUGAAGCCGAGGCAAGUGGUCUGGAGCCCGACAGCAGACGUAAGGUUCGCUUGUCGGCUCAUCUGACCGCAGGUCUUGCCGCCUUCUACCUACAAAAUAUGGACGACGCUAUCGCUGCAUUUAGGUCAGCACUUGAGGAGAGCAACUCUGACCCAGAUGUUGUAUGCCUGCUGGUUCAAGUCUUGUGGGCCAAGGGUGGCGAUGAGGAGAAGUCUGUUGCGCGCGACCAACUCUUCGACUGCAUCGAGAAGCAUGAUUCUCAUGUCCCGUCUAUUGUUCUUCUUGGCGCAAUCGCUGCACUGGACAACGAUACAGAUGCUCUUGAUGCCGUUCGUGAUGACCUUGCGUCCCUGCGCACCAACGAUAGCACAUCCAUCUACGACCGCGAGCAUGUUGAACAAGUCCUUGGUGCCAUCGCAGGUCUUUCUUCUGAUGCGUCGGAAAAAGAUGCACUUGUUGAGACACAGAGAGCCAUUAUGCUUGCGCCACACCAAAGUCAUGGUUGGACGCAGCUGACAGAUCUAACCGAAGAGGCGUACCCGGCUCAGAUGGCACUAUUGACCUCUCAAAGAGCUGUUCCACCGUACGGCGAUCUUGGAGCGCAGGAAUUGGCAAAGGCGUUUGCAGGUACAGGAGUGGUCAGAGAUGCACAAAGGGCAAUAGUACUGGCACCAUGGGAAAGAAGUGGCUGGGAGACAUUUGCAGAUACAUUGACGCCUGCUUAA